UGUUGGUGUAUAUUGGAAAUCGGUCAAUGCAGGAACGAUCCUGAAUUAAAUUAAGUCAUUCGAAGAAUUGUCUUGUGAAAAAGAUAUAAACGGAUCUUUAACAUAUGGAAAUGGAAAGUGAAAAUUAAUAAUUGAGAUGAAAAACUUCUGACUCGUAAGGAAGUAGAAGAAACAAGGGAAUUAAAGUAACUGAUAAUCCUUACAGUUUCAACUAGAAGAGAAGGCAAAAAAAAAAAAAAAAAAAAAAAGACGUAUAACGGCCGCAGUAUUUCCGAUCAAUGCAACUGAGUCAGAAGGUUCGGUGUCGAGAUAAUUUCAAGCCGGAAAUAAAUUUCAGAGCUUAAAAAAAUGGAGAAAAUGACUUCUGUUACAUUAGUUCAAAAUUUUUCUCUUCCUGGAGAAAUAUGCCGCAAAUUUGCUAUCGAUUGGUCUGCUGACAAUAGAAUUGCUGUUUGCACUAAUAAAGCAAUUUAUGUUUUAAACUCCUAUUGCAGUCCAGUAGAAAGCGGAUUUCCUUCUCCAUUGCAUAAGCAAGUUAUUUGUGCUCCUGAGAAAACUAUGGUAUUCAUUCCAUUAGACAUCCCUGCCAAUCCAUUUAACAUGGUGAAAUCAGAAAAUGACAGAGUAAAUUUGCAUUAUAUGAUGCUGGAUCACACAGUUAAUCCUACACCUCCUGAUAGAUGUGAAGCAAAUCGAGGUUAUCGUAUGGCGAGAUGGUCGCCUAGGGGAGCCGGAAGAGCUGGAAGGUGUUUGCUGGCAACCCUAACAAUGGAUCACAGAUUAUGUAUUUAUGAAGGAAAGGAGAAAGAAUGGAAAUGUCUUUGUGAUUUGAGUGAAACGUUAAAAUCUGAGUAUGAGGGGAAAAGUUCGAAUUUAGAGGCGAAAUCUCCCAAAGCUCCUCGGAAAAAAAGAAAAAAAGAUGCAAAAUCAAAGUUACCCAGGCGAAGCACAAGAAGUAGAAAGAAAGAUGAACUGUCUGAUGAUGAGGAUGAUGAGGAAGAAGAAGAAAAUGCUAAUAAAACACUUUCAGAAAUUUUAAAUUAUGAAAAAUUUGCUUCUGAAAUAUAUAGAAUGGCUGCUAUGGAUAUUGCAUGGACAGGUAUGUUUGGAUCUCCAGCUACAUCCAUUAAUGACAAUAGCUAUGAAUAUUGCUAUUUAAUUGUUGCAAUGAGAAGUGGACACAUUCAGUUCUGGAAAAUUUCCCCUAAUGAUGGAAGAAUAGUGUCGUUAGCAUAUGAAUGGGAUACAGAACUUGGCUUCUUAACAUCUUUAUGCUGGCAACAAACAAGCCCAACAGCUGGUUUUUUAAUGUGUGGAAGUCAUAAAGGCAUUUUGGCUUUCCUCCCAGUUACUGUACGGAUUGACUCUGAUCAGGAACCUAAGCUUGUCGUGAAAAGUAUGUGCAAAGUGUGGGAUGAAGAAGAUUCUGUUGCAGUGGACCAUAUUGCUGUUCUUAAAAUUGCUUUGAAAAAGUAUGUCAUAAUUGCUGCCAAACUACAUGCUCUGGUUGGAUGUGAAAUUGCCCUCACUGACUCAUCUAUUAUUAUUAGGAAUGUUGGACACUCUUUUGGACUACACAGGCUUCCUGUUACUGGUAUGACUGUAUUAGAUACUACAAUGCCUCAGUACCGUGUACUGAUUUCAAGCAUGGAGGGAAAAAUAAUUGAAAUCAAAGUAUCUUUGGGAAAUGAUGAAAUUAAAUUUCAGCAUGAAAAUAUAAAUAUUGACCUUGAUUUAAAGAAUUUGAUGACUCAAGGUUUAGCUGUGUCUCCUAAUGGCUUGUUAUGCUCUUUGAUACUUAGCCCUAAAACUUAUUAUGACCAUUUAGAAAAGAGAGAAGCAUUGCAGUUUGCAAUGUUUGUUACAAGACCAUUUGAGGAAGUCUACCAGAAACUGAAGAGUGUUCUUAAGCCUCAGUUUUCCUUUUUGCCUGUUACUAGUGGUGGAAUUAGUAAACAUACCGACUUCCUGGAAUGCCUUCGUAUCAACUUGGCUUGUGGCACAACAUUGCCUGAUUGGUUAACAGAAUUUCUUGAUAACGAUCCAAUGACAUAUGAAAAGUUUUCAACAAUGGAAUUAUAUUUUAUGAGAUUUCUGUUGCAUGCAUAUGUUUCUGGGCUAGCAGUCAACACACCAAAAGAUAAAGGAAAUUUAGAACUAAAGUUAUACACAGUAGAAGCCAUGAUAAUGAGAAAUUACAUAUCCAAAGUUUUCGGCAGUUGUCAAGAUAAAAUAGACUUACUUACACCUGCUCAAGGUCAAUCUCUCUUACUGAUGGCAGAUUGGCUUUUUAAAGAAUUCCAAAUGCCUGUUGAGAGUCUUUAUUCUGCUCUCGGUUGUGAAACUCCAAUCGAUGCAGAGUCUUUACCAGCGAGAGAAACUUGUCGUAUAUGUAAAAAUGAUGUUAAGUUAGACAAUAUAAAAAUUGGACAAUGUGCAAGGAACCACAUGUUUGCUAGAUGCUGCCAGUCUUUGCUGUUGUGUGAUGUUAUCCCAUAUUUUCAAUGUCAGUCCUGUAAAAGUGUAGCUCUGCAAGACGUUUGGAGCUUUGGACUUGCCUGUACAUACUGUGGAAUGCCAAUGACUUAACUUCCAUUAAAUUGUGCAUCAUUUUUAUCAUUUGUUUCAUAUUGCAUGCAUCAAAGUAUCUCAUUUGGACAGGGACAGCUUCAAAUCCAAAAAUCCUGGGAAUUAUCGCAGAGUAAAAAACUUAUUUGUGGCAGACCUGCAUUUAUGUGAAUCUCUUGUUUCCCAGUUUACCGUUCCAUACAAUGACAGCACACUAUUCAGAGUGUACUCUCAGUUUGGAAUUGUAUGAGUUUGCGCACACACGAAUUUUGAACUCUCUUUUAUUAUAUGAGGCAGUGAGAAGCAAAGGUACGUAAGCGGGCUUCUUAAAAUUUUCAUUAAAACACAUUUAAUGUUUAGAUCACAGAUAAGUUUUCAUUGAAUUUUUUUUCUGAAUCAUGCUGUAUAGCAGCCCAAACCAUAGAUACAAGUACCAUCUUUGCUCCAUUGCAGAAGACAGAUUUCCCUACUAUUUGUACUGGUAAUCUUUUUUUUUUUUGGCAACAUCCCUUUGCUUCUCACUGCCUCUUAUAAUAAUGGAAUCAAUUGAUUUAGGAAA